GAUUUUGAAUCGAGUCGAAUUCAGUUUACCUUGUUUGUUUCGCUGCGGCGCGGAGAAGGAAGAAACGAUCAAACAUUCUACUCUUAUUUUAACUCUACGUAACGGCGCGGUGUUUCAAAAUUUCCAGUCGUCGCAAUGUCUGAAACGAAGAAACCCGUCGAAGAUUUGUUCGCCAUCAAACGCGAAGUGGAUUCCGUCGACGAUUUCGAGCAUCUAGGGCACGAUUCGAGCCCUUUGGAGGACCUGACGAGUUUCAAGCCGGACAAAGAGGUGACAGCUCCGGGAACUGUUGAUGAAAUCGAUAUCACACCCAAAACCGCAGUGAGUCAUAGCCAUACCGGCUCUUCCGAUACCAAUUCCGCAAGCAUGAACAGGAAUUUGCUAGAAGACGAUUUUCUUGGGCGAGGAGAGGGACUUGACAAAUUGGAUAGUUUUUUACAAGAGCCCCCGUUGGCUCCUGCGCCCGUGUUCGAUAUAGGGAGCAACAAGCAGUCUUCCUUUAAUCUAAUCGAAGCGGAACGAGUAAGUGAACCCAUCGAGAAACACGCCGAUCAAUUUCUAGAUUUUGAGGAUUUCAAACCGGCGAAAACUGUCGAUAGUUUCAAAGCGGACGCUUUCGGUGAUAUCUUGGACUCCGAACCGGUUCCUGUUAGUAAAGUAGUGACGCCUCCGGCUCCCGAAGUUCCUGCACCCUUACCGCAAGAGCCUGCGAAAAAACCCAUCGAAUCUCUUCCGCUCGAUGUUCCUGCUUCCGAUAAGAAAUCCCUAUUAGAGAAAACAACGAAGCCAGCAAGUGAGAAGACUGAGAGGAUCGAAUCUGUAGCUACAUCUUCGAAAAUUGCUCUUCCCGAUGCAGCUGCUAUUUUCUGCAAAAUGGGAUUAGACGCAUGGUUUAAUCCCGAAAAAUUGGAUCCCAAAGUGGAAAGUUUAAUAUACUGGCGCGACCCGAAAAAAUCAGGGCCGGUCUUCGGGGGAGUCUUGCUGGUCCUGCUGGCGCUCACCUACUUCUCUUUGAUCAGCGUCGUCGCCUACGUGUCGUUGAUCGGUCUCGGCGUGACGAUCGCAUUUAGAAUUUACAAAAAUAUCGUACAAGCGGUCCAAAAAACCGGCGAUGGCCAUCCGUUCAAAGAGUAUUUGGAGAUGGACGUUUCGUUGCCCCAAGACAAAGUCAAGGAAAUUACCGAAGUAGCGAUUGCACACGUGAACGCCGCCGUCAGGGAACUGAGAAGGUUGUUUUUAGUUGAAGACUUGGUGGAUUCCAUUAAAUUUGCAGUUCUGCUGUGGAUCUUUACAUACGUAGGAGCAUGGUUCAAUGGAAUGACGUUGGUCAUUCUUUCGUGGGUUUCCUUGUUCACGUUCCCUAAAAUCUAUGAAACAAACAAGACGCAGAUCGAUGCUAAUUUGGAAAUUGUAAGGACAAAAUUGGCCGAAGUCACUUCAAAGAUAAAGGCAGCAAUACCAAUGGGUAAAAAAACCGAAGAAAAGAAAGAGCAAUAGAUAAACAUUUUCAAUAUCUAAUAAAACUAAAAUAAGUUAUAAAAAAGAUCAGACUACAUGUACUAUAUACAUAUUUAUUUAUUGUUGUUUCUUAAUUCCAUUCUGAACGUUCGUAAUGUAUUUUUUCUGAAUAUGAUUAGUGUGUACAUAAAUAUAUAAUGAUUAAUACGUUAAUUUAAUCUUUUUUUAUUUUGAUUUCGAAUUUGUUUGCUUUUUGUAAUACGAGGGUCAUCCCAAAAGAGUCUCACGGGCUGUGUAAAUGUAGAACAGAAAAUAAUGGUAAUUGCUCUUUUAAUAUCACUUGCAUGUUUAAAGGUUAGUGUCGUUUCAGUUUCCGAUUUCUUUCCGGUUAAUCCUCGUACUUGCGAUUCGAUUCGAAUGCUCCGAUUAUGUUACAAGUUACAAAAUAUCAUUUUUGUUAUUAAAAAUGUACUAGUUUUAACAAUUGCUUUAGUUUCCUCGUUUGUUCGAUUUUGUAUACUUAUUAUCCGUAUGUCAACGUUGCUCAAGAACAAGUUAUGCACGACUAGCCAUCAUGUAUGCUAGUCGAUUUGCUUAAAACUGAGCAAUUUUGGCACAUGUUUAUUAAAUUAAUUUCACACAGAUUCCUUGAAUGUUAUUAAUGUAACGGCAACGUCGAUUGCAUUUAAAUUUUGAUUUUCCCUUCGUACUUUAGUAUGGAGAUGGCUAAUAGCUGUGCAUUAGUGCAAGAAAUAGCUGUCUGGAACCGUUUGCACCGGGUUUUUUACAGUUUUGGAUUACUUUCAGGAGGCUUUAUUAAAAUGAAAGUCUAUACACUCCAUUAACUCUUCAAGCUCUAAUUGCUAGUAUUUUACAUAAACAUUUACUUCUACCAUCGGGUAAAUAAGAUUGCUGCACUGCACUCGGUGCAAUGGUGCAUUUAUUGUUGCACGGGUUGCACACACCAUCUCUACUUUUAACAUAACACUAGUUGUUGCAUGUCUGUCAUAAAUUCAUUCAAUAUUGGGAUGACUUAACAACCUGCGGUGGGAUUCGUAAAGUGAACGAAUCCUUCAUUUCUUUUACGUCGAACUGAGUUUUAAUGUUUAAGGAUAUCGAUAAUUAAGUGACAAACAUGUCGUCUUUGUAUGUGAUGCUAUAUCUAUUCGAGUGAGCACGCAAGUUUUACAAGAAUUUGUUGGAGAUUGAAUUUUUGUUGGUUCUUCAUAGUAAUUAUUUAAAAGAAAUGUUGGUAAUCCUGCGGUUAUAAACUAGCAUUGGGCGUAAAAUGCAGGAUUGGCAAAAUGUUCGUUCUUAUUGAGUCGUUUCAAGAUAGUUUACAAUUGUAUUAUCUACCUAGAAUAGUCCAAAUGUUAUAAAUUUUUAUAUUAAAAUAGUCUGGGAUCAGAAAUAUCAUUUUAUGGAAGUGGAUAAAGAGACCAUAGUAAAUAGGGGAAGUAAUGGUUAUUUCUUGUAUGAUGCAGAAAAUAUUGAAUGACCUAGGUAUAUCAUAUUAAAUUAAAUCUCAGACUAUUACUAUUAAAACGAAAUUAUUUUGUCCAUAAAAUCACUUGAGAAUAUAUUGAGUGUUUACGAUUUGGCCAAUUUAACUUUUAAGAGCGAUUUGUAAAGUAUGUAUUUGAGAAAAUAUUCACAUUAUGUAGAUAUUUGUUAGUUUAAAAGAAUCAAUUCGUUGUGUUUUUUUUAUUAAUGAUGCCUUACAUUCUAAUUUCACUACUGGUAUAGUUUAUAAAAAUAGAUAAUUAACAGUUUGUAUUAAGUAAUUUGUGCAAUUAGAGUGCAAUAAAAUUUUAAUUUGUACACUCAACUAAUAUCUCAACAUUUUGAUAAUUCCCUUAUAAACGAAAGUUUCUUCUCAAAUUACUUAAUAUGCGUUUAAAAAUUGUAAGUACGUCAAACUGACAAAUGAAAAUUUUAUUUAUGACUGUUGCAUACUUUUGUAUAGCUUUGUAUUUGCUUUCGAAGUUAAAAUUAAAUUGUUUAUAUCUGCUUA